AUGGGAAUUUCGCAGCGGUUCAACGUGGCGCAGGGGGAGCAAACAGAUGCACGGUUUCUCCUCGAGCACAACAGCAACAGCAACAACCGCCGCCCCAGGUACGCCACCCUGCCAUACGUCGGGUCCCGGCAGCUAGAUCAGAAAGUAGGCACCUUCCUCAGAGAGACAAAACACCUGCAGAACCGCGCGUGCCUGGUGAUCGAGGGCUACCCGCGACACACGCGGCAUAUUCCGAACUUCUGGCGUGCCGCCCAGCGCCUGUUUGUCUACUGCGAGUGCCCCAAGCCGCCGGCGGAGAUGCGGGCCGUGGGCUCUCCUCUAGACUGGGACGCCAGCGCGCCGGCCGACCACAGAGAGAGGGAAGAAACGGGGUGGAACGAAGGCGACGUGGGGAGAGGGUACCGGAACGCCAAACACAGAUUCGACGAGGACUGGUGGGUCUUUGAGACGCGCCUCGCCUCCCUGCUCGGCCCCUUUAUGAACAACAACAACAUUUUCGGUGGGGGGGAUAGCUGGAGGGCCGUCUGGGGAAGCAUGCUCCGCGAGAGCUUCACCCCCGGCAAGGUCGUCGCCGUACGCACGGGCGAAGGAAACUUUGACGACUGCUGGGCCCGCGCGAAGGAGGCACUGGGGAACAGUACCGAGUUCCGCACCUUGCUCAGCGAGAUCGAGCAGGAUUUCGAGACCAUGGCUGACGAGGGCAGCGUCGAGGAAGAAGAUCAAGAAUAG